AUGCCUAGGUACGAGGAAAGCCAUCAACCUCAUCGACACAGAUCUCGGUCCCCAUCUUCACAUUCCCGUGAGGGUCGAGGACGCCCCAAAGCCCGCAGCUCCAAGUCACAGAGACACCGGUCUUCAAGCCCCGACGGUAGGAAACGCUCCCAAAGCCCCCGAGGACGGAAAUCACGUCGUUAUAGGAGCCGGUCAGUGGACUCGAGUGACGCAUCCCAUAGCCGUACGAACCAUCCCCGAGAAUCGCGUCGAAGAAGCCGUGAUCGCAGACGAAAUGACAGGGAUGGGCAUCGGUCACACAGACGCCGUGAGGGCAGGGAACACUCAGCUUCUCCGUCUAGGGAAUCAUAUAGGCGCAAUCCUUCACCUCACCUAGGCAGGAGAUCGGAUAAACCGCUCCCAUCCCAGCAGGACGCAUUUUCAAAGACGCCCCGAGACGGAUCUGGCCAGGCAACUCCGGUAGGCGAGAAGGAGAAAGAGAAAGCCAAUUACGGGAAUACGGGGCGUCUAGCAGCUGAUACCAACACUGUUAGAUCCAGUGAUGGGACCACAUCCGUUGUUUUAAAAUACAACGAGCCUCCAGAGGCCAGAAAACCUCCGGCCAAAGACGCUUGGCGACUAUAUAUCUUCAAGGACGAUAAUCUACUGGAAACUAUCGAGUUGGGAGAUCGAAGCUGCUGGCUGAUUGGAAAAGAAAAGCUAGUUGCAGACUUGCCUAUCGAUCACCCAAGCUGCUCCAAACAGCAUGCCGCUAUUCAAUUCAGAUACGUUGAAAAACGGAAUGGCUUUGGGGAUCGAGAUGGCAGGGUCCGGCCGUAUCUCAUUGACCUGGAAAGCGCAAAUGGGACAACGGUUAAUGGAGAUCCAGCUCCAGCUAGAAGAUACAUGGAACUUAUGGAUAAAGACGUUUUAAAAUUCGGACUCAGUACAAGGGAAUAUGUACUCCUCCUCCCUCCUAGCUGA